AUGGCAUAUGUUGCUCCCGAAUCUAGUGGUUGGAGCUGGGGAGUUGUUGACCAUCCAAAGAAAAUAGCUCUCAUCAUUCUGGAUACUUUGUUUUGACUUUUCAUAGUAUUACCACUUCCUCAAAUAAUGAUAUUGAUGUUCUCCGUAACUUGCAUUAUCGGAGCAAAUAUGCUAAAUCUUUUACGAACAGCAGUUCUUGUUCAGUAUGUUCCCAAAUUGUAUAGGUUUCUGCCUCUGUUUGCUGGCAGUCAUCACGGAUUUGAGUCGGCAUGGGCAAAUUUUUUCAUGAAUUUUUCACUUAUGUCUUGUCCGGUCAGUUAUUGGACAGGCUGGUACCUUUUCGGUUACAGGGUUAAUCAAUGUCUUCGAAAUGCCUGCGAUGGAAACCAACUUUGCGAUUAUAUAGAUUGUGGCCGUGGGAAUGUUACUGAUAAAUUUAUUUAUAAUGUUACAAAAUGGAAUACUUGGAAAGAAGAUGAAAUAUCUAAUUCUUGUUUCGGGGAAGAUGAUUUCUAUGGAAUUUAUCAGCAAGCUGUCAACCUUACCACAAUACAUAAUAUUGCCAUCAGAUACACAUAUUCGCUGUUUUGGGGAUUCCAGCAAAUCAGUACUCUUGCGGGAAAUCAAACUCCAAGCUAUUUUGUUUGGGAAGUACUUUUUACCAUGGCCAUUAUUGGACUCGGGCUCCUGCUCUUUGCUUUUCUCAUUGGAAAUAUGCAAAACUUCCUCCAGGCUCUCGUAAAGAGGAAGUUAGACAUGUCACUAAGGAGACGAGAUGUGGAGCAAUGGAUGAGCCAUAGGCGCUUGCCCGAAGACCUUAGAAAGCAAGUACGAGCAGCUGAACGAUAUAAUUGGGCUGCAACCAGAGGGGUGAAUGAAGAAAUGCUGUUUGAGAAUUUGCCCGAAAACCUUCGGAGAGACAUCAGACGUCAUCUCUUCAAAUUUGUGAAGAAAGUUCGAAUUUUCGCCCUGAUGGACGAACCGAUAUUAGAUUCGAUUUGUGAGAGGUUGAGACAAAGGACAUACAUCAAAGAAAGCAAAAUUCUAUAUCACGGUGGUCUGAUAGAAAAGAUGGUUUUUAUUGUGCGUGGGAAAAUGGUGAGCACAGGAGAAGAUGGGAUAAGAGUUCCCUUAUCCGAGGGGGAUGUUUGUGGUGAGGAACUCCUUACAUGGUGUCUUGAGCAUUCUUCUGUAAAUAGAGAUGUAAAGCAAAAAAGGAUCCCCGGGCAGCGUUUGCUCAGCAACAGGACAGUAGAAUGCUUAACAAAUGUAGAAGCAUUUUCACUCCGAGCAUCAGAUAUUGAAGAAGUUACUAGUCUUUUCGCUAGAUUCUUGCGGAAUCCUCGCGUUCAAGGAGCCAUAAGGUAUGAAUCCCCGUAUUGGCGAAGCCUUGCUGCUACACGUAUUCAGGUAGCUUGGCGAUACAGGAAGAAACGCUUGAAUCGUGCUGAUACCUCACAAUCUCAGUCCAAGCAUUCGUCCACAUCAUAG